CUUGCUCAGGAGGAGUUAAUGAUUUAUGGGUCAGCUGGCACGACCCUGGUUUCUGCAGAAUUCUGCAGAAAGCUUUUCUCCAUGGAGCCAUAGCUGAGCAUGUAGGCGGAUCAUGACUCCUCCUUUAGCUGUGCCUGGAGCCAGGGGACUGGAUGGGAACAGUCACUGCUUUGUCUUGGAAGUGCUGAACGCUCCAGGUCUCCAUCUCCUGCCUCCUGACCUCCAGAGAUCUGGCCCAGGGAAAGAAUGUGGUAACAUCUGUGGGAUCUCCAGACAGGAAUAAACAUGUCAGCUCUGGAGCUGGGGAGGCAGCGGGAUCGCGCUGCCGUCCUUGGGUCACUCCUCACUGCUGCUCUCAUUGUGACUGUCCACAGUCUCUGCGAUGCUCCGCCGCGUCUCCAGUCUGCAGAGCUGAAGGAGCAGUACCAGAGCACUGCCUCAUUUCCCCACAAUUCCAGGGUGGAAUAUGUCUGUCGUCCAGGUUAUAUGAGAAAUAAUCAUGUCAGCAAUGUCCUUGUUUGUGGACUAAGCGGGAGGUGGCACGGAUCAAGGGACAUGUGCACAGCCAAGCAUUGCACCUACCCCGGAGAGCCGCCCAAUGGCAGACUCGUCCUGGGAGAGGACCUCAGUUUGGGUUCUUCAGUGAACUUCACCUGCAACACUGGGUACAGACUGCUUGGAAAUUCUAAGAUUACUUGUGUGAUUAAAAAUGGGGCUGUUACGUGGGACAGAGAUAUUCCCAUGUGUGAGGCGAUUCCGUGUGAACCCCCCCCAGAAAUAGCUGAUGGGGAGCACAGUGGGGUUGACAAGGAGCUCUUUGUGUACGGAGAGUCCGUCACGUACCGGUGCCGAAGUGCCAGGAGGGCAGAGAGACCUUUAUCCCUGCUGGGAGAAGCCUCUAUUUUCUGCACAACCACGGACAAUGUCAAUGGUGUGUGGAGCAGUCCAGCCCCAGAAUGCAAAGUGGUGACCUGUGAGCCUCCAAGGGUGGCGAAUGGGAAGCUGCUGAGUGGGUACAGGUCUGAGUACACCUACGGAGACACCGUCGUGUUCGACUGUAACUUCCGCUACACCUUGAACGGCAGCGAUGCUUCCACGUGCAGGGACAACAACUUCUGGGACCCCCCCCUGCCACUCUGCCAGCUCAGUAGCUGCAAUGACCCUCCAGAUGUGUAUAACGCCAUUAAAGCCAGACUUGCUGGCAAUCUGUUCCCUGUGGACACUGUGGUCACCUAUGAGUGCCUGGAGGGCCACCAGUUCAGCGUGGGAGAAACCACGCGGAACAUCCGCUGUCGGCCGAACUUCACGUGGGAUGAAAUCCCCCCACCAUGUGAAAGAAUUCGUUGCCCAGAUCCACACAUCCCAAACAGAAAGCACACAUGGUACGAGAGAGACAAUUAUGUGUAUGAAAACACGUUGGAAGUUACAUGCAAAGAUGGGUUUGCCUUCAAAGGUCGUGGCAGCAGCAUCACACUUCGGUGUAUGAGUGAUGGCAGAUGGGAUCCAGAGCCACCAGAGUGCGUUCCAGAACCUCGGUGCCCAAAGCCAGACAUUCUUCACGGAGUAGAGGUUCAUAAAAGCAAAAGUGACUACACAGUGGGGACCCAAGUGCAGCUGACUUGUGAUGAGGGCUUUUCCCUCUGGGGCCCGGACUCGACCGAGUGUCAGGCUGAUGCAACCUGGGCUCCUACCUUGCCCUUUUGUGACAAAGCCUGUGGCCCCCCUCCAAAAAUCUCCAAUGGGCAGCACGAUGGCAUGGGUGGUAAGAAGUUCUACUAUGGCGCCAGUGUGACCUACACCUGUCCAAAGGGUCUGUCCCUCAUCGGGGAUGAGUCCAUCUACUGCACCUCUGAUGAUGGGAAGAACCUGACGUGGAGUGGACCUGCCCCAGAGUGCAGGGUGGUUCGGUGCCCCAAGCCCGUGGUCGAGAGGGGAAGGAUGACCCCCCAGAGGUUCACCUUUCCCUAUGGGGUGGUGCUGCGGUUCUCCUGUGAUGAAGGCUUUGGACUGAGUGGUGCUGCAGAGAGUCAGUGCCAGGCUGAUGGCAGCUGGCACCCUCCUGUGCCCACCUGCCAGCCAGUUCUGUGUCCACAACCACGGGUGGCCUAUGGAAGGCUGAAAAGCCCUUUGGAUGAUAAAACAUGGUACCAGAUCAAUGAGACUGUUACUUUGGGAUGUGCCCCUGGGUACCAGUUUUCAGAUGAUGGGAACCUGUCUUCAGAAGACUCCUGGACAGCCACAUGCCUGCCUGAUGGCAACUGGACACUGCUGCCCAAGUGUAAGAAAGAAGGUGAUGCUGAUGUAUGUGAAGAGGUUCACUACAUUAAAUCGGCCUUUGAGUGUGGGCUGCCUGUAGCAGAAGUGAAAGCUCUGCUGGAAAUCCAAAAACUGUUUCUGGAGAUUAAAAAACUAGAGGUGGAACUAGAAAAGGCACAGGGGCUGCUCCUGGCCUUGCUGGGGCUCCUCAGCUUGCCUGUGGCUCGUGGUGACUGUGGGCCCCCACCUGUCAUGACCUACUCCAGACCAUCCAGUGAUGAGCACUCCAGCAACUUCCCCGUGGGAUCCAGAGUGACCUACACGUGCAUUGAGGGUGCCCUCAAAAUCCCUGGAAUGCCAGACACGGUGGAGUGCCUGCCUGGCAACCUCUGGUCCACACUGCCCGAGCCCUGUGGCCGGAGCUGCACUGCCCCGACCAGGUUGAGGUUUGCUGCCCUGUCCAAGGAGGAUGAGGUGAUGAACUUCUUCCCUGUGGGCACCAACGUGACCUAUGUCUGCCGUCCUGGCUACGAGAACACCUCACAAAGCUCCCCCACCAGCACCUGCCUUGAGAACCUGACGUGGUCGGAAGCUGCUGAGCUGUGCAGGAGAAGGUCCUGUGGUGCCCUGGCAGCGCUGCCCGGGGGGAGGACGGUGCCCCUCACAGACCUGCAGUUUGGUGCCAGAGUGGAGGUGUUCUGUGAGGAUGGGUACAAAUUAGUUGGAAAUAAUUUCAUCUGGUGCCAGCUUAAAGGAAACGACGUUGAGUGGAGUCAACUUCCAACCUGUGAAUUGAUUACCUGCUCUUCACCUCCUCAAAUCAGCAAUGGGAAGCAUGAUGGUGAAGGUGUGGAAAAUUUUGCUUAUAACUCAACGGUGACAUACAGCUGUGCCCCUGGAUUCCAGCUCCUUGGGAAUGGGAGCAUCCGCUGUACGAGCACGGACAAAACCAACGGAGUCUGGAGCGGGGCUGUGCCCAAGUGCAAAGAGAGGUCAUGGGCAGCCAGGAGAAGCUGGACAUGGCAGAAGUGCUGCUACACCACAUUCCCCAUCCGCUGCAAAGGAUUAUUUUACCCAAUGAAAGGCUUCCUUUUGCUUUGUGCAGUCACCAUCCCCCUUCAGGCCUCUGCUCACCAGUGGCCUGUAAAAAUAUGUGGCCAAGGUGCAGAGAAACGAUGCGAGGGAGAGGCCGAGGUACCGAGUGCCCGCAGAGCCCCGCUGCAUUCCUCGGGAUGCCAGGCGUGCCCCGCGGAGCCGGCACGGGGGGGGAACCGCGUCUUCCACACCCACUGCCCACCGCAGGCACGGGUUUCGUCAGAGAAUUUCCCGGAGCUGAGGUGGCCGGGCGGGGUGCGGGGGUGCUGCGGGAGUGGCCCCGCUGCCCAUCGCUCCCCGCCCCGCGGGGGCCGCCCGGGCAGUGCCGGGGAGACCCGCGAUGGGCUCCGGCCGCUGCCGCUCGCUCCUGCCCGCGCUGCUGCUGCUGCUCGUGCUGCCCUCGGCGUGGGCCACGCAGAGCCCACAGAGGACAUGAAAGACAAGCAGAGCUUCAGUGAGGGCUCCACAGUGAGGUACAUCUGUGUCACAGGUUACACCAAACGUCCCUUCCUCUCCGACACCGUCCAGUGCCUCACAAACUCCCAGUGGUCCCACCUCCCGCAGUUCUGUGGCCGUAGCUGUCCCAGCCCUCCAUACGUGCCAUUUGCUAAAAUAUCACAGGAAGAUCAAACACAGAAUUUUUAUCCUGUUAAUACCACGGUGAAGUACAUUUGUCGCCCAGGCUUUGAGAAUACCACAGACCAGCUCCCCACCAGCACCUGUCUGGACAACUUAAAGUGGUCAGAAGUCCCUGAGCUGUGUAGGACUAUUUCUUGUCCUCCUCCUCCAGCCAUUCCCCACGGGCAGCACGAUGGCAACAGCACAGAGAAGUUCCUGUAUGACUCAGUCACCACCUACACGUGUGACCCCGGGCUGGAGCUCGUGGGGAACAAAUCCCUCCGUUGUACAACAGAGAACGGGGUCCUUGGAGUCUGGAAUGGGGCUGCUCCCGAGUGCAGGGUUAGCACUGCAGCAGAGACAAACCAAACUGAAUCCUCCAGAGGGAAUCCUUACUGGCUGGCAAGUAUCCUCAUCCCUAGUUGCAUUGUUCCUCCAGUAGCCCUUGGAAUCCUAGCUGGCAUCAUCAUGAGGCGGAAAGACAGUGAAAAACACUCUUAUAACAUGAAUUUACAAAAACACAAGGUGAAGGGAAAGGAUGCACCGAUGUGCCCGAAGAAGCAGCCCAUGCCGUGGAAUUCCUAUUUUUGGAAGCAGCUGCACGAUGCCCUGGCCCCUCUCACGGUGCCCACGCGCCGCGGCUGUGCCGCCUGCGAGCACUGGCUGAGCACCAGCAAACCACGCACCUACUCGGUCCCCAGCAUUGGUGACAGGGAGAGCCAAAGCCCAGCAGGCACCAGCUCUCCUGCCGAAGCUGUGGAUGUGCAGAGGGGUCGUGGUGCAGGAGAAGCUGGUCCAGAGUGGAGCGAGGCAGAGCAGCCCAUGGACCACAAAAGCCCGCGGGGCCCUGUCUGCUCUCCCUGCACGGACCAGCUGCACCUCUCCCUUGUCCACAGCGACACGUGGAGCAGCCCCGUGGUGUGUCCCCUGGCUGCAGAGGGGAUGCCAGCCCACCUCGUGCCUCAGCACACCCCCAGCUGCCACCUGUGCCCCGUCUGUGCGGUGCCAACCCACACACACUUGUGCCAGCCCCAGCACCAGGCACCCGACGGGGACUGCCCGCAGGCGCCGACUUUCGUCUUUGCGGAGCUCACCACGACCUCCCAGGAAUCCUACCCCGUGGGGACCGAGCUGAGGUACCGCUGCCGCCCGGGUUACGUGAGGAACGGGAACCGGGCCCCCGUGGUCACCUGCCUCCCCAACUCCACCUGGUCGGAGCAGCCCGACUUCUGCAUCGGGCUCUGGUGUCCUGGAAAAUGCUGGGAAAGGGAAGGAGGGUGGUUCAGGUAUGUCAGUAACACCUGGCUCUGCUCAGAAAAUAAGCUGCUGUUUGGAUCUGCCACUGCACAGACGGGGCUGAAUGGACACAGGGUGAGAUUAAGUCUUGCUCAUGGUCCUGUGAGCUUGUGCAAGAAUUCAGUUUCCUCCAAUUGCAUCAUGUAUUGCAUUCCUUUAGGUGUUGAGAAAAUGGUAUUUCAUAGGAGGGCUAGCUGCUUGUACCCUAGGGUUCAGCUUCUCCAGAGAAUAGUUUCUCUAGAAACUGUACAGCUUUCUCAAUUUCUCAAAGUUUUUUGCUUUUUUCAAAGAGAUUCAACCUUUCCUUUUCUCAGGUACCGACUAGUUGGGCCACCAACUGCACAGUGUGUAUUUAAAAAUGGUGAAGCUUACUGGGAUAACAUUCCAAUCUGUGAGAUUAUUCCCUGUCCACCACCUCCUGAAAUCAAGAAUGGGCAGCUCCUUGGUGGGGAAAGAGAAUUCACCUUUGGCAUGGCUGCAAGUUACAGCUGUAACAACGGUUUUUCUCUUAUUGGAGAUGUCACAAUUUACUGUACAAUAGGUCCUAACUACAAGGGAACCUGGAAUGGUCCAGCCCCUGAAUGCAAAAUGGUCAGCUGUGAAAAUCCAGACCUGAAAAAUGGGAAAAGGUUGUCUGGCUUUGGCCUCGAGCACACAUACAGAGAUACAGUGAGCUUUGAGUGUAAUCCUGGUUAUAAAAUGAACGGUAGUAGUGUAGUUACCUGUGAAGCAAACAGUUCCUGGACACCACCUCUGCCAACAUGUGACCAAAUCCACUGUGGUUCCCCUCCACGCUUCCCUUUUGCUGAACUACCAACACCCGUGGGUGACAGCUCUGUUUUUGGAACCAAGCUGGACUAUCGGUGUAACCCAGGAUAUAAGGCAGCACCUGGAAAGUCCUCUACUGUCAUUUGUCAGAGUAAUGAAACCUGGUCUGCUGCAGACCCAGACUUCUGUGUCCGACAGCAAUGCUCUCCUCCUGAAGUAAAGAACGGGAAUGUGGCUGGAAACGAAAAAACUUUCCCCUUUGAAACAGUUGUGAAGUUCACCUGCAAUUCUGGGUAUAAGGUAAUAAACCCUUCUGCCAAAUGUGUGGCAUCAGGAAAUGAAGUUCGCUGGGAUCCAGCACCUCCCUACUGCUCAAGAGCGAACAUGAUCGUUGUUGGAGCCACAGUCUGUGCCAGGGAGCAGAGGAUGGUGCUCACCUUCACCCUCUGCCUCCUGGGCAGCUCUGCUUGGCUCCUGAUCUCCACGGCUGAGGCUCGAGUUCCCCUGUGCCCGCUCCCAAACAUCCGGUAUGGGACGAGAGUACCCCGUGCUCGCCUUUACUACAGGCCCGGGGACAUCGUGAGCUUCACCUGCAACCGGGGCUACACCCUGCAGGGCUCCCGCAUCAGCACCUGCGGGGCUGACUUCAGAUGGAACCCACCUCUGCCAGUGUGCAAAAAGGAGGGGACGUGUCCUCGGCCACCAAACAUUGCCAAUGGGCUGCACACUGGACAGUCCCUGGACAAGGUUUCCCGGGGAGUGACCGUGCACUACAGCUGCAGGGAUGGAUACACUCUGGUUGGGAAUGAGUCCAUCACCUGCACGGAGGUUGGGGUGUGGAGCCGGCCCCUGCCCCGCUGUGAAGCAAUUGGCUGUAAGGUACCCGAGGUGCAGAAUGGGAAGGUCUACAAUCUGCAGAGCACCUACAAAGCUGGGGAGACUCUUCACUUUGACUGUGACACGGGUUAUGCUGCAGAGAACACCUAUGAGACUCAGUGCCAGCCUGGGGGAACUUGGGAUCCACCAGUGCUCAUCUGCCAGAGGGUCCGACCCUGCCCCAUGCCUCCAGAGAUCACCAAUGGAAACCACAAUGGCCAGGGCAAAGCAGAGUUUACCAUGGGAAUGUCUGUAAGAUACACCUGCAAUCCUGGCUAUUACCUGGUUGGAAAUGCUGAUGUAUUUUGCAGAGUCUCAGGGAGCUGGAGCCAGCCCGGCCCUCGCUGUGAAGAGGUGAUGUGUCCUCGGCCACCAAACAUUGCCAAUGGGCUGCACACUGGACAGUCCCUGGACAAGGUUUCCCGGGGAGUGGCCGUGUACUACAGCUGCAGGGAUGGAUACACUCUGGUUGGGAAUGAGUCCAUCACCUGCACGGAGGUUGGGGUGUGGAGCCGGCCCCUGCCCCGCUGUGAAGCAAUAGGCUGCGAGAUACCCGAGGUGCAGAAUGGGAAGGUCUACAAUCUGCAGAGCACCUACAAAGCUGGGGAGACUCUUCACUUUGACUGUGACACGGGUUAUGCUGCAGAGAACACCUACGAGGCUCGGUGCCAGCCUGGGGGAACUUGGGAUCCACCAGUGCUCAUCUGCCAGAGGGUCCGACCCUGCCCCAUGCCUCCAGAGAUCACCAAUGGAAACCACAAUGGCCAGGGCAAAGCAUUUUUUACCGUGGGAAUGUCUGUAAGAUACACCUGUAAUCCUGGCUAUUACGUGGUUGGAAAUACUGAUGUAUUUUGCAGAGUCUCAGGCAGCUGGAGCCAGCCCAGCCCUCUCUGUGAAGGGAAGCAAUGCAGUCACCCUGGUGAACCUGUGAAUGGGAAAAUUAUUUCCCUAACAGAUCUCCAGUUUGGGUCAACAGUGGUCUACAGCUGUGAGGAAGGACUGAGGGAUUUCCAGGACUCAAAAGCCUUGUUCUGCACCUCUGCAGGUAUCCCUUGCAAGCCACCUCCGGACAUUCCCAACGGGGUGCACACGGGCAGGCUGCUGAAUGAAUUCCACUAUGGCACAGCUGUAACCUACACCUGCAACCCCGGGUUCCCACUCCACGGAGAGCCCUCCAUCCACUGCACCACCCAGGAUGGGAAAAAUGGCGUGUGGAGCGAGCCCAUCCCGACGUGUGGAGAGGCAAACUGUCCUGUCCCACGGGUCCAGAACGGGAGGAUCGUGUCUCCUAGAUCUGCCUACUCACACCAGGACACCGUGACCUUUGAGUGUGAGCCAGGCUUUGUCCUGCGUGGCCACAGAGUGGUCCAGUGCCAACCCAACAACACCUGGGAGCCACCCGUGCCAGUCUGCACUCAGGCUGGCUGCAGUGCACCUGCCAGGCUGGAGUUUGCUGAGCUGAAGGAGCCCCACAACAACCAGACUGUCUUCCCUGUGGGGAGGACAGUGGAAUACGUGUGCCGGCCAGGCUAUUCCCAGCACCCAGGGAUGCCACCAUCCGUCACAUGCCUCAGGAACCAGACGUGGUCUGCAGUGCUGGAGUUCUGUAAAAGGAUCGUGUGUGCUCCACCUCCGGCCAUCCCCCACGGGACACACAGCGGGCGCUCGAGGGACACCUUCUCCUACGGGGACGUGGUCACCUACUCCUGUGACCCCGGGUACCCUCUGGCAGGAGAUCCCUCCAUCCUCUGCACCUCCUCAGACGGGGAGCACGGAGUGUGGAGCGGGCCAGCGCCGCGGUGCCAAGAGGUGAAGUGUCCUCCCCCUCCGAGCAUUCCCAACGGGAAUCACAGCGGCCAGCCCUCGGACAGGCACCUCCCGGGCUCGGCUGUGCAGUACAGCUGCUCGGAGGGCUACACCCUCAUCGGGAACGCCUCCAUCCACUGCACCGCCGCCGGAACGUGGAGCCGGCCCCGGCCCCGGUGUGAAGCAAUUGGCUGCGACAGACCAGAGAUCAAGAAUGGAAGAACGACUGGGCUGGAGACCACGUACAGACUUGGGGAUGUUGCUGUCUUUGAAUGUGAUUUUGGUUACGCCUUGAGGGGCUCUCAACAGUCUCGCUGCCAGUUUGGGGGCAAGUGGGACCCUCCUUUCCCCACCUGUGAGAAGAUGCUGCCAUGUCCUUCCCCUCCAAAUAUCAAAAACGGCCGGCACGACAGCAAGGAUGUGGAUGUGUUUAUCCCUGGAAUGUCAGUGAAGUACUCCUGUGACCCAGGGUAUGUCCUUACUGGGAAAACAACAGUUUCUUGUUUGACAUCUGGAUCCUGGAGCAUCCCUUACCCCCGGUGUGAAGUGAUCACCUGCACAAGCCCCAGCAUCCGGGAUGGAGAGGUGGCUGAAGGCCGGAGCGCUGUGUAUCUUCCUGGGGCCAACGUCACCUUCCAGUGCCACCCAGGCUAUGUCCUGCAGGGCACCCGUGCAGCCAAGUGCCAGCCUGAUGGCCGCUGGGUGCCUGCUGUGCCCACCUGUGAGCGAGUGCUGCUGUGCCCUGAGCCUCCCGUCAUCGCCCACGCCACGCACGGCGCGGAGCUUGGGGCCAACUUCACCAGCGGGAUGUCGGUGAACUACAGCUGCCAGCCCGGCUUCUCCCUCCUCGGAGACCCCUCCAUCUCGUGCACGGCCUCGGGGAGCUGGAGCCUUCCGUACCCACGCUGUGCAGUGCUGCAAUGUCCUUCACCUCCAGCUAUUGACAACGGAAAUCACAACAGCCAGGACUUGGAAGUUUUCCCCACUGGGAUGGUUGUAAACUACAGCUGUGACCCCGGGUACAGCCUCCUGGGAGAGGCAUCCCUCUACUGCACCGACUCUGGCAACUGGAGCCUCCCUCUCCCUCGGUGUGCAGGUGGCUGUGGUGCACCUCCAAACUUCACCUUUGCUCAGCUGACUAAGGAACACAGAAAUCAGAUGGAAUUUGCUGCCGGGGACACCGUGCGCUACAGCUGCCAGCCAGGAUACAUGAGACGCCCCGGAGUGCCCCCAACUCUGACUUGCCUCAAAAACCACACGUGGUCUGAAGCGCUAGAGUUUUUAAUCACAACGGCGGGGCUGCGCUUGGGAAGCGACUCUGAAUUUCCGCGUACAAAUAACGGCACCGGACUCGCCGAACACCGCCCAUCAGCGGGGCUGGGGCGAAAUAAAUCAGCAGCGAGCGGCUCCCGCUGCGCCGCACGGCGGGGGACGGGCCCUCCUCUGAGGGCGAUAAUGGCGGGCGCGGCCAUGGCGCCGAGGGCGGGGUGACCCCGCGCAUGCGCCUCAGCCCCGCGCUGCGUCUCGGCCGCUGUGAGGGAGCGGAGCGGGCGCUGCCGCGGCCCCGGCGCCGUCAUGGGGCCGCCGCCGCUCUUGCUGCCGGUUCUGCUGCCGGUUCUGGUGCUGUGGGGGCUCAGCGGAGCGCGGGCUGAGGACGCGUGUGGGAUUCCACCCAGGCUGAUAUAUGCAGAGCUGGAGGAGAAGUUCAUCGGAACAGAGAGUUUUCCUGUUGGAAGUCAAGUCUCCUUCGUCUGCCGGCCGGGAUAUAUGAGAAGCCCUGGAAAAUCCUUAACUCUCACGUGUGGUCCUGACUUACAGUGGUCACCCAAAGAGCAGUUCUGCAUAGAGAGAAGAUGUAAGCACCCAGGAGAAUUAGCACAUGGUGUUGUUGAUGUGACAGAUCUUACAUUUGGUUCAACUGCUACUUUUUCUUGUCGAGAAGGAUACAGAUUGUUUGGAAACGAGCAGGUUACCUGUGCAAUUAGGAAUGAAGGUGUUGAUUGGGAUGGUCAGAUGCCUUACUGUGAAGUGAUUCCCUGUGAUCCCCCUCCCAGCAUCACCAACGGGCACCACACAGAAGCUGCCAACUACGUGUAUCAGACUGCAGUGAGCUACUCCUGUGAUGAUGUCCCAGCAGGCUCAGAUCCCUUCUCCCUCAUCGGCUCAGAUACCAUUUUCUGCACCUCUGAUGAGCACUCAAAUGGAGUUUGGAGUGGGCCACCUCCACAAUGCAGAGUGGUCAAAUGUGAAAACCCCAGAGUUAAAAAUGGGUACAAAAUAUCUGGAUUUGGGCCUUCCUAUACUUACAGGGACUCGGUCCAGUUUGUGUGUGAUGCAGGCUAUUACAUGGUUGGAGAAGAUAUAAUUUCCUGUGCAGAAGAUAACACUUGGUCUCCUCCAAUCCCAACCUGUGAGAAAAAUGUGUGUGGUGCUCCAGAGGUCACAAACGGAGCCGUGGUCCCGCUGAAAUCUGUCUAUAGUGAAGGAGAGUCUGUUAAAAUAAAGUGCAAUGCUCGCUGCUCUUUUCCUGAUGGCACUAAGGAGGUGACAGUGGCCUGUCAGGGACAGAAGACAUGGAGUUAUUUUCCAAAGUGUAGAUGUGGGCCUGAAAGUCCUGGUUCCACUCCAGGUACAAGUCCUGGUUCCACUCCAGGUACAAGUCCUGGUUCCACUCCAGGCAUAAAUCCUGGUUCUAUUCCAGGCAUAAGUUCUGGUUCCACACCAGUCAUAAAUUUUGGUAGAGUAGUUGUGGGACAAAAGCCUUCCUAUGUUGUGGGGGAUUGUAUUACCAUUGAGUGCUACGCAGGGUACACGUUACAAGGUGAAGCUGAAAUUCGGUAUAUGGGAGGAAACCAGUGGUCUCCUGGAGUGCCAACCUGCCAGCUGAGUGGAUAUGUCAUAGCCUGCAUCUGUGUGCUUGUGGUGAUCGUGGUGCUCCUGGCAGCCUUCUGGGCCUAUAAGAAAUUCUUUUCACAGAAUGGCUCGUACACAGUUGAUGAGAGUUGCAAGGAAACAUGUAUUUUAAAAACUAAGGCCCCAGCUGAGAUGGAAGACACUGAAUACAUGAAUUAAUUGAAUCUUUAAAAGGAAACCCGACAGCACUCCAUGUACUGCCGAAUAUAAGAUGUGUAAAGCAUGAAUGACCUUUUUUGGGGGUUGGUGGGAGGGGGUUUGCAGUGGAAUAUCCCUGCCAGAAAUGGAAAACAAUUGCACUUGCAUUGAGUAGAGGAGUAACUUGUGCUGUGUCUUGUCCUGCUGGUUAAAUGUAGGAGGAGGUGAUCAGUGGGGUAUAAAGUGUGUCUGCAGUUGUAUAGACAGAUAUUCUGUUUUUCCUCCUGUCUUUCCUCAUGGCUGUAGCAUCCAAGAGUGUCUGUCUGCAGGAGUCAGUGCUACCUCUUUGCUUACAGAAGACUGUCCAGUAUUCUCUGUUCUUUUAUUGUUCUGCUCACCAAAACUAUGUCCUCCUCCUUCUUUUCUGUGGCUGAGGAGGUAUAAAUGUUGUCCCUUGUAUUGUUCUUGUUGUUAUUAUUAUUAUUUUCCAUGAGAGAUCGGUGUCAUUGAAGGCUGUGUCUUUUUGAAACUAUCAUAGGUCAGAUCUCAUAUGCUCUAUCUCUUUGUUUGUCAGAGUUGAUUUCUGUGUAUCUAACUAAUUAAAAUGUGCCUUUAAAUCAGAGUUUUAUACCUUUUCCUUUGCUUUUAAGAAGGAAAAAAGCCAUAUAUAUUUCUGAAUCUUUGAUAUAGUCCUGCAAAGGCCACAGUGGAUUUAUUAUAGUAGAAAACUGGAGGUUUCUGUAGCAAAGACAUUCCCUGCCUUUGAAUUUGUUGACCUGUUUUAGAAGUUACCUAAUUAAAGUUACUGCUGAGAAAUCAGUGGUACCAUCUCCUGUCGUGAGCACAGUGUAAGUCCCUUAGUGGGCUCGAUUUUUAUUGAGCCUUGAUGUCAGUUCUGGAGAUACUUUGCUACUUUUCAGGAUAGAAAGGAUGCUGUGUGGACCCACCUUCCUUGCUUUUUUCCCUUGAAAUCAUACAUUCCACAUUCCAAAUCUCUGUCUACAGACAGUGAUGUUAAUCAAGCUCUUCAAUGAUGGAUUUAUCAUCAUCAUGCACCUGUUCAGAAACAGAAGCCUUUCCCUGUCAGACUCACUUUUCAUGUUAAAGGAAAACCAAAGCAGUUUAGUGCUGGGAGUGCAGGACUGGAUGUGCUGGCAGUGCUGGUAGAUGAGGUCUCUCUUUAGCUCCUUAGCACAAUUUUUUAGUCCAGACUGUGACUCCAGGAGUUGGCAAACACUCCAGUGUUUGCCAUGAACCGAGACUCGUUGCCACUUCUAAUUCCUUAUCAAAACCAAAAGCCUAAUUAGGACCAGGUUUUAGCUUCAUGAAUCUCACUGUCAACCUACAGGCAGCUUCUAAGAACCAAUUCUCCCAGAAAAAAAACCCAAAUUGCCUCACUUCACAUGCCUUGGGGCAGCAUUGAAACUGUUCUGGCUUGUCUCUGGUGGCUUGGCACUGCUCCACUGUCAUCAACUGAUUGUUGGAGCAACAGAGAACUGUUUGGGGCUUUUUAGGGCUUUUUGGGACAAUCCCAGCGGUUGCAUUGUUGGAGCUCAUAAUAGUCUGUGGUUUUUACAAAGGGGUUUUGGCUCCACAGGAUGACUUGCUGUUCAGGGGCUGGUUGACAUCUUAGUUUGAGAAUUGUUUGUAAACACUGGGUUGUGUGACUGGGGGGGGUUGAGUGUGGGGCUCACGAGCUCAGCUUGCUUUGUGUGGCAUCUGCAACGUGCUAAAAACUCGCUGAAAAUGCACUGAAAGCUGAGCUGGGAUCACUGUAAAAAUUGGCCUUAUUUUCACACCUCUUUCCGGAUGUAAAGACUUAGUAAUGCCUUGUAAUAUUGCAAAUAAAAAUGUUAAAUUAUUUAGCA